AUGCCCUACUUCUCUCCCUCUCGGUCGAGGAGCCGUGGUGAUCGAAGAGGAGGGGGCAGACGAAGUCCUGCCAGGACAUCUCCUAGGAGGCCUUCCAGGUCGCCUCGGCGGCGAUCUCCACGAGACCGGCGCAGGUCUCCAUCCUUCAGAAAGCGGGAUGACUCCCGACAGCGACGUGCAUCCCGAUCGCCGCUGGCACGUGGUUCCAGGCCACCUGCAGAAGGCUCUGGUGCCAGGAGGAGCAACGAGAGAAGAUCUCCCCUGCCUCGGGAGCGUAGAUCCGGUUCGGGAACGCGUGCGGGUGAGGAUCCUGGCUCCAAAGAUGAGAGUCGAGCCGACAACUCCAACGAAUCCAAAGGAGGAGGAGAAGUGGAGACGAAAGUUGUGGACGGCAUUGUGACUCGAGCAGGGGCGCAGACGUACCUCUCAGAAAUCUACGUGCCACGCCUUCCUCCUUUGCGGCCUGGCACAAUAUGUGUCAGAGGACCCCUCCGUUUUGAGAGGGACAUUGCAGAAGAUGACUGUCGGCGGCUGGCCAAAGCCCAUGAGGAGGGCGGCUACAAGAAGGUGCAAGAGGUGCGGAACACCCUUCGCGCAGAAGCUCGCUGA